ACUUUGUUUACAUAACUUCUCUAUUUCUCUAUUCAAGUCUGCCAGGAUCGCCAGCGCCGCCCUGGAUCCGACUGGCAGCUUUGCACCAUGUCUCUCUUCUCCAGAAUGAAAUACAUGAAUGCUUUGUUCCACUGCAACCGCUCCACCUUCACUGCACAUCGUUCAAGGCGGUUUUCCCUGUUCCCUGGCCGUACCCACAUACCAAAAGACCAACCGUUUUAUGAAGUUAAGAAGCCCAGUAUCUUGGUCAAGUUCACCUGGACACUCCUCAUAGCUGAUGCAGUCUGCACGCUAGCAAUGUGUGAAUUUUCCUGGAACUAUUUUACGCGUCCUGUGGAACCAACCGAGUCUGCAAUAUCCGAUGACCCCAAUACUAUUGGCAAUACGCCACAAUAUGUACUCCGCCCAACAUACCAGCGUGCUGGUCUGGUCUUUAUGCAUCUCGCGUUUGGAGGUUGGGUGGCAUUUAUGAUUGGCAUGAAGAGUGGGAUGAAUGUCAAGAGGAUCUGGCUGACUCCACGUCCACGAGAGGAUCUGACCACGACGGCGCGGAAAGCAAUUGUGCGCCCAAAGGUCGCGACUUUCGAAAGUUUCGGCGGUUUUGGUCUACGGGGCGAUGUACUAAACGUCAAACAUUGCCGCUUAUCCACUACAAAACCCGCAGACGACCUGUCGUUAAUUGUCGCCACACCGGGAAAUAGAGAACAACGGCUUUCGAUCGCGACGAAAGGCGUUUAUAUCGCCGGGAGGCCUGUUUCACGCGAUGAAGUUCACACCUCGCUCUUGCAAGUCUUUGGACAUAAAUCUGAUUCUGACCCCGCAACCUGGAGAAGUGGACCCAUUCUAGGUGCACAGAAAUCAUAAUCAAACGCGUACGCGAUGGAGUCUUGCGAGCUUGCCGAUCGCAGCUACCAGCUUGCAACGCACAUUCCUACGACCAGACCGAGUGCCUGCCAUGCGAUGGUACACUUACUUACGUCCAUUUGUGCAUAUCCUUAUAGGCUCAAUAUUAUUUGUCCGCCAAGAGGUGUGU